AUGGUCAUGCAUCCUCCACAGACCUUGGAAGAAGCCCUCGAUGCUUCGGAUAAAUUCCUCCGAGCCGAGGAAUGGAACAAGGAAAAGUCGCAGUCUCAAUCAGGGGCUGUGAAGCCAAAAGGCCAACCAGCCGAAGUUCCAGGGUCGAGGAAAGGGAAGGCGAAGGCCUCAGAACCUCCCUCGACUGCCGAGCCAAAGAAGGAUAAGGCUCCCUACACAGGGAAGUUCGAAUCUUUCACCCCUCUCACCUUACCACAUACUAAGAUCUUUAAUGCGACGAGGGAGGAGGGAAGAUUUAAAAAACCGAAGCCACCUCCUUCUUGGCACCAGAAGAAAGGGAAGGAUCAUUGGUGCGAGUUUUAUGAAUCUCGUGGACACCACACCGAAGAUUGCCUUCGGCUGAAGGACCAGAUCGAAGAGCUGGUCCAAAACGGGUACUUAAAAAAGUACGUCGUUGAGCGCCGCGAAGAAAAGAAAGCUGAGAGAGAUUCUCAACAAGAUUUGGAUUACCUGCGAAAAAGGGAUAAACUGCAUGAGGGAGGAAACCAUGAUAUCCUCAUUAUUUUUGGAGGGAUUUCUCAGAAUGCGCUGAAACGCCACCUGAGAGGGCUGACCCAUCAGAUACAUCACGCUGAAUUCCGAAGGCCACAGUCUCCGGUGCUGAACAUGAUGUUCACAGUCGAAGAUUGCAGGGGGGUGGUGUACCCCUAUGAUAAUCCAUUGGUAAUCAUGACGGGCAUCGCAAACCACAACGUCUACCGAACACUGGUAGACGGUGGCAGCGGGGCGAAUAUACUUUUCCGAAAGGCAUUCAACCAGCUGAAGUUGGAGAGCAGACACCUAACUCUAGUUCCCUACCCGGUAACUGGGUUUAAUGGCUCUUCUUCAUAUCCAGAUCGGAAAAUUCUUCUUCCCAUUAGCCUCGGCCAAGACUGA